GUGGAGGAGGUUCCGGCGGAGGGGGAGGAGAGGGAGGGGUGGAUUCGGACACCGAGGGGAAAGAGGGAGAUGAGGAGGAUACCGUUUCUUGCGAGGUUGAGGAAUUUGACGUUAAGGGAUUUGUGGAAGUUGGGGGAGGAGGGGGAGAUGUUUGAUACGGUGCUUUUUUUGAAUGAUGUUGUGUUUACGACCGACGACGUCCUCGCGCUGCUCGACACCAACGGCGGCCUCUACGCCGCAGCCUGCUCACUCGACUUUGCCCACCCGCCAUCCUACUACGACACGUUCGCGCUGCGCGACUCGGCGGGACAGGCGACGCUGAUGCAGCGGUGGCCGUACUUCCGCUCCGAGGCGAGCCGGCUCGCGAUGAUGGCGUACUCGGACGCCGUCCCCGUGCGGAGCUGUUGGAACGGGAUCGUUGCGAUGCCGGCGGCGCCCUUUCUCGCGAACCGCGGCAAGAGGCUCGAGUUUCGCGGGGUGGCGGAUUCGUUGGCGGAGGAGGCGCAUCUCGAGGCGAGCGAGUGCUGUCUUGUGCAUGUUGAUAAUCCGUUGACGCGGGAGUUGGGGGUGUUUGUGAAUCCGAGGGUGAGGGUGGGUUAUUCGCCUGCUGCGUAUGAGGCUAUGAAUCCGGCUGGUGGGGGGAGUUGGCUUUCUGUGUGGAGAAUUGUGGUGGGUGUUUGGGAGGGGAGGGUUAGGAGGGCUUUGACGAGUGAGAGGGUUAAGGAGUGGGUUGUUAGGAAGAGGGUUGGGGAGUGGGAGGCGCGUGGAGGUGGUGAUCAGAAGAAGAGGAGUGAGAAGGGGGUUGAUUGUUUGAUUAAUGAGGGGCAGGUGCUUGUGUACAAUGGAUGGGCUCAUGUAUGAGGGAGAGGAUCGAAAGGGUGGUGAGGACGAGGAUGGAAAAGGAAAAAGAUACCCAUUGGAUGUGUUGUUUAGGUUUCUACAGAUGUUUUAUAUGGUGUACAAAAGUCAAGACGCCCAUGCUCUUCCUGUUGGCUUCCUAGACCGACUACAUACAGGUAUUAGAUGGUCUCAAAAGACUGAACAAAAAAGAGUUCACCCCCCAACCCCUCCCCGGUGUUGAACUGGGGGCUACAUCUCUUGG